AUGACGAACAGCGAUUGCCGAAUCUCUUAUGCAUCAAUCAUCAAGGGUGAAUACGAAUUUGAUGCCCCAUAUUGGGACCAGAUCUCAGAUUCCGCCAAAGAUUUCAUCUCUCAUUUGAUGUGCUGUGAUCCGGAGCAGCGUUUCACUUGUGAACAGGCUCUUGAGCAUCCUUGGAUCAGUGGCAAUACUGCCUACACUACCGACAUUCACGGUUCCGUCGUUACUCACCUCAAAAAGUCUUUGGCGAGGAGAAAUUGGCGAAAGGCCUACAAUGCAGCAGCGGCGAUUCGGCAACUGCAGAUGUUGCGAUUGUCGUCAAACUCGAAUCGAAUCUCUUCACAACGAGCCUCAACCUCAGCUUUUCCUGUAUAG